AUGGGAGAACCAGAGGACGAAAAGAAAGCCCAAGAAGCCCCCUCCCAGGACGUGGAGAUGGUUGAUGAUGACGUUGUCAACCCCACGCUAGAAAACGAGCAUGUCACGAUUCCUGAUGAAUCCAACCCAGGCAACCAAGAGCCUUCAGUUGAGCAACACGAAAUACGGUCAGAUGUCUUACAACAAAGCAACACAGUUCAACCUUCCGGGAAUUCAGAAAAGCCUCAUAUCAUCUCCGUUGAAUCUGAGACAAUUUCCGACCAUCCGCUGAAACCUGAUGACCAGGUCGAAGAGACUGACGUGCCUGGCGAGGUCAUAGAACCCACAGUUGAUGCCACGUCUCCCGCAAUUACUGUCAAUGAACCCGAAUUGGAGUCACAUGAACAAGAAACUCAAGAGAACUCUCAAAUUGCAGCUCAAGCAGAGUCCCAAGACGCACCUCAUCUUGAAGUACAGCAGAUUGAAAGUGAGCAACCAGAAACUCAGCAGGCUGACGACGCUCCUGUUGAUCAAGAACAUGGGCAAACCGAGAAUGCUGCUGAAGCUGCUCCAGACAACAUGGAGGAAGAUCAGGACCCCAACACUUCUGUCACAUUGAACCCUCCCAGCUCAGCUCAGAACUUUGCCACGCCGCUGAAGUCACUUCCAGCACUCAAAGACAUCGAGCCAAUCACAACUCCAAAGUCAUUCAACGUUGCUAAGGACGCCGAGAAUGUUCGCAGCUCGCCUGUUGCUGAACAAAGGUCCGCCAACUUGGCCGAGCUAGCUGAGCAGGAUGAUGUUCUUGAUCACCCUGCUAACGACACUUUUGCAUCUGCCGUCAUGGACACUCACAACAAUGACGGUAACACUUCAGAGACUGGUAACAAGCUGGAAUCGGACCUAGAACCCGUUGCAUCUUUCCUUGGCUUGGACUCUGCCACGUUAGGCAAGUUACCUUCUCUCAUAAUUUCCAAGCUUGUGACUAAGACACAGCAAUUUCAUGGGCUACAAUCGGAGCUCUCUUUCUUUAAGCUCAAUCAAGAGCAGUUCAGUCAGGUGCAACUGAAGAAGCUCGAAGCGUUCCAGCAUAAAAUUGAGAAGUUGACGGAAACAAAUGCUAACAUAACCUUGGAAAACGAAGUUCAGUACGACGAGUUGGUCACCCUCAAAGAAACGCUCACAUCGGUCCGCAACGAGAACUCGAAUCUUUCGGACAAAGCGUUCCAACUCGAGUCCAAGUUGAAGGAAUGGGAGAGCAAAUACAAUGACUUACAUGGCUCCAACGAUGCGAAUAACCUUCAACUCAACGAGGCUCUUGAUAAGGCAAUCAAAUCGAAUCUAGAACUGGGUCAAAAACUCAGCGAGCUUAACAAAGAGCUCAGCGAAGCCGUCAAUGAGAAGUUCAACUUCAAGCUUGAGUUGAACAAAGCAAAUAAUGAGCUUGUGUACACAAAAAACCAGAAGGAGUGGUAUGAGAAGGAGCUCAAGUCUCUCCAAGACAAGUACACGACCCUUCUUAAAAAGCACGAUGCUGACAGCUUGAGAGACUCCAACCAAAUAAGCUCUCUCUCUUCUAAGAAUGAGACUUUGGCAUCUAUCAAAGACUCACUCCAAGCCCAAAUCAGAGAGCUUGAUGCGAAACUCGAAAAACAAACUAAUAAGGCGUCUGAUUUAGAAACAAGUCUUGAGGUGCAGAAAUCCAAAUUCUUGAAGGAUAGUGCUCAAAAGGAUGAUUUAAUUGAACUUUUGAAUGUUCAGAUGAACGAAAAGGCCUCUAGAAUCCUGACUUUGGAAAACUAUUCUGAGGAGCUCAAAACCACUACAUCUCAAUCGAUCUCGAAUCUUCAGAGGGAUCUUUAUGAAAGGGAGGAUAAGCUUGCUCAAGUGGAGGAGAAACUCAGACGUACUGAAGAUGCUCUUGAUUCCGAGCUCCACAAAGAGACCGAACUCCCGAAGUUGGGUACUUCUGCAGAAUUGAUUAUGCAAAACAAACCUCAUGGAAUCUCCUUGUCUUCAUUAUACACUGAAUUCAACCACAUGAAGAAGGAACUCGUUCUCGAAAAAUCACAAAAAGAAAAGCUUGCUGCUCAAUUGCAACAUUUCGUAUCUGAGCUUGAGUCCAAGAAGCCUGCCAUUGCAUCUUACAGAAACCAGAUCCAAUUCUACGAGCAAUCUCUCAAAGACAUGCUUGGAAAGCUUGAGGCUUUGAGACUCGACAAACUUGAUUCUGAUAAGGAAACUAAUAGAUUGAGAACGAGAUUGAGUAACUACGAGGCAGAAUUGCAGUCCUUGAAACAGUUGUCGAAGGAUCUUGGAAGACAGUUGUGCUAUUAUCUCAUUCAUUCGAAGGUGAGAGAUGGAAAUGACAACCCAUUGACUUCAGAGGAAAGAAAAACGAUUGACUUGAUUUUGACAAAGAGCGGGAACAAGGAUUCCAACGGUGAGUCUGACACUGACCAACUUAUCACUGAAAGGCUUGUCGGCUUUUCCUCUAUCAUUGAAAUGCAGCAGAAGAACCAGGACUUGCUAGUGGCUGUGAGACUGCUUGGUAAGCAGCUUGAAGCAAAGGAGCAAGAGACGGAGGGACUUGAAUCUGCGGCAGUAGAGGAGGCUAGAGAAGCAAUCUUGACAUUACAAGGAGAGCUUGAUAGUGUCAACACCAGGCUUGAAGCCGUCACCAAGGAAAGAGACCUUAUCAAGUCAUUGGGUGAUACUACUUCAUCAAAUGGUACAGAACUGAGUAAGGUUGAGGUCAGACUUCUCACUGAAUCCAAUCAGGAGCUCAAGACAAAGCUCAAGGAUACCGAGGAAUCCUUGAAGACUAUGCAAUCGCAGCUGAGUGAGAAAAUCAAAUCAUUAAUGGAGAGAUUGACUCAGUCUAAUUCUGCCUGCGAAGAGGUGCAAACCAAACUCAGUUCCGCUAAGCACAGCGCUUCUCUCGCCGAGAACAGAUACGAUAAUGUCAAGAAGCUAUUGGACAAUACCACUAGACAAGUUGAGAAUGCAAACCGAGAGGUCGCCUUCUGGAAAGAGCAAGCCUCUAAACAAGAAACUUUAUUGGUGAGAAAAUCGAAUGAGCUCCGCGAUGUGGAAAGAGGGCUUGCUGAGGCCAACUCUGCCCUGGAGAGCUUGAGAUCCGAGAAAGAGGUUUGGGGUGCUAUCCAAAAGUCAUUGAAGGAAGAGGUAGCCCAGCUCAAGCGUGAUAAGGACCAACUUAACUCAUUUGUCUCCAAUUUACAAUCUCUUUUCAAGGAAAGAGAACAGUCCAGCUUGGAGUUGUCCAACAGAUUAUCUCAAAGCAUUGAAAACUACCAGGCCUUGCAACAGAAGCUUACUCAGAAGGAAGAGAAGAUUGAGAUAUUGACUUCCCAAUCUGAGAUGGCAUUGAAGGCUCAGAAUGCUAAGCUUGAGCAGGUGAAUGAGAUCAGCCAGAGAUUGGUAGAUGCAAAGCUGAAGAUCUCCGAGAAAGAAUCUGUUAUCAAGACAUUACGUGAUCAGCUCACUAACGCGUCAAAGGUACGCCCUAAUCGCGCAUUGGAAGCAACUGUGACUUCAGAAAACGGCAACAAUGCUUCCGAGUAUGACGACAUCAAAUUCGAGUUGAAGCAAGCUGAGGCGCAAGUGAAUGAGUUCAGUAACAUCGCAAAGGCUGCCGAGGACGCUUUAGUCAAGGCCACUGAGUCUUUCGAUAACUAUAAGGUAACCGCAGAUGAAAAGAUUGAAGCGGCGGAAAACGAGAAAAAGGCGUUAUUAUCUCAAAUUGAUUCCCAGAAGAAGGAGAUUGACGACCUUCAGAAGAAACUGUACAGCGACCAGGCGGAACACCUUAACACAGUUCAAGAAUUGAAGACUAAGCUUCACGAGUACUCCUUGAAGGCUUCUUCAUAUGACGACUUGAAGUCUGAAUAUGAACAGAAGUUUACCGGCUUGUCAAACGAUUUGAAUUCUCAGGCUCAGAUGAAUGACGCUCUUGACAAAAAGUUCCAGGCCAAAUUUUCGGAAGUGGAAGCAUUAAACACGGAGCUCGUGACUCAGAAGGACUUGAAUCAAACGCUCCUCCAGAAGAUCGAGGAUCUCACUGUCAAAUUGAACAAUGCAUCGGCUGAAUUGUCUACGAAGGAAUCUGUUGUUAGCGACGAACAAGCGAAGAACCUCGAGGAGCUUGAAACGACAAAGGCAAAAUUGAAUGACUUACAGUACCAAUUCAACCUCACAUUGAACCAACUCGAGUUGAACAAAUCAGGCAACAGUGCGGAUGAUGCCUCUGGGGAAGACUUGAAGGAGGUCGUCAACUAUUUGCGUCGGGAGAAGGAUGUUGCUGAAUCCAGAGUUAAUCUGUUGAUCGAAGAAAAGCAGCGUCUUGAAGUUCAAGUCGAUACAGUCAACGCAGAAUUGGGCGCUGCCCGCUCACAAUUGAACAGGCUUCUGAACACCAAGGUUCAAUUGGAUGACGCCACGAAGGAACAUGCUCGUUUACUUGAACAGCUCGAGCAGUUGAAUAUCUUGAGGGAAAGCAAUGUGACCUUGAGAAACGAAAACAAGAAGUCUCUUGAAACCGUCGAGAACUUGCGCAAGGAGAUUGAAACUCUCAAGUCCAACGCAGUGUCUAAUCCAUCAGCUGGUGUCAGUGAUGAGGCAUCUGCUUCCGUCCAUGAACAGGAUCUUCGCUUAUUGAAGGAGGAAAAUGAGAGAUUGAAGAACCAAUUGGAGAACAACGAGGAAAUGAAGAAGCUUUUGGCCAAGUUCGAUGCUCUCAAGAACGAGUUUAGAUCUAAGCUCAUCGCCCACAGAGAUAAGAACAGAGAGUUGGAGAAAGAGCUUAAUGAACUUCGCAGCACUCACGAUACAACCACUAAGCAGCUUUCUGAUCUUCAGAGUCAACAAGGUUCAGGUAGCAAUGACAAUACUGACGCUUUGAAAGAACAGUUGAGCAAAGCUGAGGCCGCGAAGCAAGAAGCCGAUAAGAGAUUUGAGACUGAGGUCACAAAUUUAAGAGAGCAGCAUGAAGCCGACAAGACGAAGUUAAGAACACAGUUGCAAACCCAGUUUGAUGUAAGACUUGCUGCAGAGCUCGCAAAAGCCAAGUCAGAGUCGACCACAGAAGGUAGCCCAGCCGCUGUCUCGGAAGAUGAAAUCAAGCAACGUGUGGAGCUGGAGCUGCGUGCUAAGGUCGAGGCGGCCACAAAGGAGCUUACUGCAAAGUUUGAGAAGGAGUUGGACAGCAAGGUUGAGCAGCGUGUGCAAGAGAGAUUAGCUUCACAAGGUGCCAAUCAGGCCUCAAACAAAGAAAAAGAGGAGCUCACCAAGUAUUACGAGGACAAAAUCAAAGCUCUCAAUGACGACCUCGAACAUCGUCUCGAUGACGAAAAGCAGAAGUUGGAGCAAACGAUUGAGACCAAGUACUUAUUCAAGCUCCGUGUCUUGACUAGAAAGCUCGAGAAAUAUGAGGGCACUGAGAGCUCUGGUGGCGACACUCAAACUAGCGAGAGGCCAACUAGUGCAAGACAAGGGCAAGGCAGCGGGAGAAGCACUCCAACCUACAGUGGACCUCAUGGCGAGAGUACACUAAGCGUGAUCCAACCAAACACUUCUGGUAAUAGAAACGGUCAACAAGCUGUCACCUUCCCUCAAACGCAAGGUCAGGGCCAGGGUCAGCAGGGUCAGCAAAGAGGCAACUACCAAGGUACACACCAGGGACACACCUACAACAGAAAGCGUACUUUUCCGCCAAGUUCCGGCAACACUUACAAGAAACCAAGGGAUGACAAGGAUUAA